AUGCUGUGGAAUAAAAAGCCCAUAGCAUAAAGAUUCUGUGCAAAACAUCAACGACUUCGUGAACUUAACCUUAGAAUUAAAUAUGCAGAAUUUGGAAUUUAUGACUAAACAAUUUUAAUCGGCAGGCCAUUAACACACUACAGCAUGUUUACAAGCAUGAGAUAAGAAAGUCGAUAUUGCAGACGACCCUGAAGACAUAUCAAUAGUUCAGUUCCUGACCAUGUUGGAGAAUUUUACGUACUGUCCACCAAACGUCUCGAUUUGGAACGUUUGGGUGAACCAUGGCACUUCCCAAUGUUUUAUGGAAACAUUCUCCAGCUCUUUGAUAGCUGGUUUCAUCCUGCUGGCCGGGACUAUCCAACUAUUUAUAUAUCGGAAGUAUGGCACAGAAAUUUCACCAAAUUAUUUGCCCAGCUCCAAGCUUUUCCGCUUCCAGCUCUUGCUUAUUAUUUUAUUGCCAAUCUUCGAACUGCUUAGGUUUAUUUUAAAGGCAACAAUCUUAGACGACAAAACUGUUUAUGGAUAUAUGAUAGUGUCAUUGGUAUUGACUGCAUUUGCAAAUUACUACUCAAUAUGGGUCAUAGUGGUGGAACGCAAUUAUCAACUACCUUCUGUGCCAACACAUGGACAUGGUAUAGUUUUGCUCCUCUUCUGGUCAGUCAUUUUCAUUUUAGAAAAUCUUGCUUUUCUAAACUUAAACCAGGACAGUUGGUGGUUCAAAUUGAAAAGCACUUCAGAUCAAAUCUCAAUGUCACUAUUUGUUAUCAAGUACAUAAUGUGCUUAUCACUCUUUGUAUUGGGCCUGAAAGCACCGGGAAUCCCCCAAAAUACAGAUUAUUUCAGCCUAAAUGAUGCCACAAGAAACGUUCGACCACAACCAGAUGAUAAUCAAUCUACAUGGAGAAACUUUUUUAAAAAAAUGAGAACAUUACUGCCAUUUUUGUGGCCAAAAAAGUAUUUCUCUCUGCAAUUUCGGGUGAUUUUUUGCUUUCUCUUACUGGCUGGAGGUCGGGUGACAAAUUUGUAUGUCCCUCUCUAUAGCGGUUUCAUAGUUGAUUCCUUGACUGACGGCAAGGGACACAAUAUAGAGUUCCGAUGGGAUUGGAUUCUUUUGUAUGUAGGCCUGAAAUUUUUACAAGGCGGAGGUACAGGGGGAAUGGGACUGCUGAAUAAUUUGAGGUCAUUUCUAUGGAUCAGAAUACAGCAGUAUACAACGAGGGAGAUUGAGGUUGAAUUGUUUCGACACUUGCAUAGCCUAUCGCUAAGAUGGCACUUGGGUAGAAAAACUGGUGAAGUACUGAGGGUAAUGGACCGAGGCACGGAUAGUAUCAAUAACCUUCUGAAUUAUAUGUUGUUUUCAAUAGCGCCUACCAUUAUCGAUAUAAUAGUGGCGGUGGUAUACUUUACCACUGCUUUCAAUGCCUGGUUUGGAUUGAUCGUGUUCGUAACUAUGGUAUUGUACAUAGCGGUGACCAUAGCUGUGACAGAAUGGAGGACGAAAUUUCAAAGACGUAUGAACUUGGCGGAUAACGAGACUCGCGCUCGAAGCGUCGAUUCUUUAUUGAAUUUCGAGACUGUAAAAUAUUACGCCGCUGAACAAUACGAGGUUGAUGCUUUUAAGGAGGCCAUUUUGAAAUUUCAAGAUGAGGAAUGGAAGUCUAUAAUCACACUGAAUAUGUUAAACACGGCUCAGAACUUGAUUGUGUGCUCUGGACUGCUGGCAGGCAGCUUAUUAUGCGCUCACUUAGUGGCGAAUGAACAUCAACUUAAAGUUGGCGACUAUGUACUUUUCGCCACUUAUAUAGUGCAAUUAUAUGUCCCUCUCAACUGGUUUGGGACUUAUUAUAGAGCUAUACAAAAAAAUUUCGUCGACAUGGAGAAUAUGUUUGAUCUCCUCAAAGAGGAGCAGGAGGUGGUCGACGCGCCUGGUGCGGGACCGAUAGCCGUCAAAAAAGGGGGCGUGGAAUUCAAUAACGUCACUUUUGGCUACUUGCCCGAACGCCUGGUACUAAAAAACGUUUCGUUUUCGGUACCACCCGGUAAAACAGUGGCCCUGGUCGGUCCAUCGGGUAGCGGAAAAAGCACGAUAAUCCGGUUGCUAUUUAGGUUUUACGACGUCGAGACGGGCGCCGUCAUCAUAGACGGCCAAAAUAUUAAAACGGUGACGCAAGAAUCACUGCACAAAGCAAUAGGGGUCGUGCCCCAGGAUACCGUACUGUUUAACAAUACAAUAAAGUACAAUAUAAGAUAUGGUAGAUUAAAUGCCGACGAUGCCGAGAUUUUGGAAGCCGCCAAGGGGGCGGAGAUCCACGACAAAAUUAUGAUGUUCCCGCAGCAGUAUGACACUCAGGUGGGCGAAAGAGGUCUGAGACUGAGCGGUGGCGAGAAGCAGCGCGUAGCGAUCGCGAGGACGUUGCUGAAAGCGCCGACGAUAAUACUUUUGGACGAAGCCACAAGCGCCUUGGAUACCCAAACGGAACGCAACAUUCAGGACUCGUUGAAUAAGAUGUGCGCGAAUCGCACAACGAUCAUCGUGGCUCACAGGUUGUCCACCAUAAUACACGCAGACGAGAUUCUGGUCCUGAAGGAUGGCGAGAUCGUCGAACGGGGAAAACAUGAGAAUCUCGUGGGACAAGAGGGGGUGUAUGCCGGCAUGUGGAAACAACAGCUGGAGAGCAAAGACGCUUCCUCUAACGAAGCCAGCUUGGAACAGAGUACGAACUCCUAGCGGUUGGACAAUUUAUAUCUCGGUUUAGGAUAGUUUUUUACCGUAGCUUUGAGUUUAAAAAUGUUAAGUGAUAUGUGAUAAGGGCCUUGUGCUUUUUUCUGGUGUUGAUAAAUAUAUUGUAGUUAUGUUU